AUGCACCGGUCUGCCGUGGCCGAAAUCUCGGGCUCCCUAGGCGACCUGGGCACCUUGCUCCCGCUGAUGAUUGCUCUGGCGGCGCGGGGUUACGUCGACCUGGGCUCCACGCUCGUCUUUUCGGGGCUGUUCAACAUGCUCACCGGCGCCGUCUUCGGCAUCCCGCUGCCCGUGCAGCCCAUGAAGGCCAUCGCCUCGGCAGCCAUAUCCGGCCGCGACGGCCACGACGCCAUGUCCCUAGGUGUCGUCGUGGCCGCGGGGCAGUGGGUCGGCCUGGCGGUCCUGGUCCUCAGCGUCACGGGCCUGCUGAGCGUCAUCGUCCGCAUCGUGCCCAUCCCCGUCGUCAAGGGCAUCCAGCUGGGCGCGGGGCUGUCGCUAGUCCUGGGUGCCGGGUCGUCGCUCCUGCAGCCGCUGCACUGGACGCGCCCGCUCCUGGACAACCGGUUGUGGGCCGCCCUCGCCUUCGCCGUGCUGGUCGCGACCCAGCGGCUCGCCCGUUUUCCGUACGCCCUCGUCUUCUUCGUCCUGGCCCUCGCGCUCGCCGGCUUCAGGGCCGACUACCUGCCCGCGCUGAACGUGUGGCAUCCGCGCUUCACCUCUCCCAGCUGGCUCGGCGGUCCCGCGCUGUCCAUGGCAAUCGCCCAGCUACCGCUCACGACACUCAACUCCAUCGUAGCCGUGUCCCAGCUCUCCGCCGACCUGCUGCCCGACCUCCCCGCGCCAUCCGUGACAUCCAUGGGCCUCAGCGUCGCCCUCAUGAACCUCACGGGGACGUGGUUCGGUGCCAUGCCCGUGUGCCAUGGUGCCGGCGGCCUGGCAGCCCAGUACCGCUUCGGCGCGCGCAGCGGCGCGAGCGUUGUCAUCCUGGGCGCCUUCAAGCUCGUGCUCGGCCUCGUCUUUGGAGAUGCCCUCGUCGGUCUGCUGCGGUACUAUCCCAACGCCUUGCUGGGCAUCAUGGUCUUUGCCGCUGGGCUGGAACUCGCCAAGGUGGGUAACGAUCUGAAUAAUGGCGCCCCGGACCUCUGGCAGGUCGCUGCCGCCAACCAGGACGGCAACCAUGAGCACGUCCUCCUGCGCGAGCAUCGACAUGUCUCCCACCAGGAGCGCCUGGAGCGCUGGACCGUCAUGCUUACUACUGCAGGUGGCAUCUUAGCCUUUCGCAACGAUGCCGCUGGUUUUCUGGCCGGCAUGCUGUGCCAUUCUGCGUACAUGCUGUCUGAUAAAUUUUAUGGGUGGCGCGCGACGUCAUCGUCAGCUGAACAGCGUCCGCUGUUGUGA